ACUCGUCAUAACCAAACACCUCUCACAGAACCACCAUUUUCUCAUCACAAUGGCUACUGCCACUUUUCGAAAGCUCUCCACCCAAAUUCACCGCAUCCCAUCGCUCUCCCUCCACUCCAAAUGCCUGCUUUCCCGCUCCUCCGCCACCUCCGCCAAAGUCUCCGACAGAAUCGUCAAGCUCUUCGCCAUCGACGUCGACGGCCAGAAACGCGAGAUCAUCGGGCUCUCCGGCCACACUCUCCUCAAAUCCCUAAUCAAUCACGGCCUCAUCGACCCCGCCUCCCACCGCCUCGAAGAGAUCGACGCCUGCUCCGCCGAGUGCGAGGUCAACAUUGCUCAGGAAUGGUUCGAUAGGCUUCCCCCUAGGUCCUACGACGAAGAGUACGUGCUCAAGCGGAACUCUAGGGCCCGAGUUUUGAACAAGCACUCGAGGCUUGGCUGUCAGGUUGUGCUCAAUAAGGAUCUUGAAGGUAUGGUCGUGGCCGUCCCCGAGCCCAAACCCUGGGACAUCCCUUGAUUUUAGGCAAAACUCUGCCAUUUUGAGUUUUGGGGAAAUUUAAUAAUCUUCAAAGAUUUAAACUUUUGGUUGUUGGAUACUGCUUCAUCUCUGCCUUUAUGUUUUAUGUGGCUUUCAAUUAUAUGAAUUUGGAGUUUUUGGAAGUUUAAUUAUGUUAUCUUUAAUUAGGGGCAUUGAAUUUGUGAAAUGUUGAAUAAUUACCUUCAAACUAAGCAUGAUGGGGAUGAAUUAUUAGACAAUUUCAAGUUUAUUUAGUUCUUGGUUCA